AUGUGCGCUCUUGGCUAUCAAGGCAUAGCCUGCACGGUUCCCGCGCCAGGAUAUGGGAUGUCAGACACUACGGCAUUCUCAUUCUCGAGAUGCCCGUCUUCACGGCUGGAAUGGAUGUUUCAGCUGGCUUACGUUCUGGGAAGGGAUAUCCUCAUCUAUGCAGUUGCUGUGACGGGCGCAUACCGUGCCCGAAAAGGGAAAAAGCGGAGCUCUGUCCUUUUGAACCAGGCGAUGUCAUUUGGCACUGUUGCUGCAACCUGCUUUAUGGCAGUGAUGGAAACCAGGACGUUUGCAAGCAUUCGAGAAGGUAUCCGCAACGGUUUGUACGGAGUUGGCCUCCUUGUCGAUGCAGUCCAAGGACAAGACAGUGGCGGCAUUUCAACAGGCUGCCUUGCGGCGUACGUGGGCUUUGCACCCAACCUUUUACUCGCUCACACCAUGAGAUCGGUCAUGCCGCUCUUGCUUGUGAUUGGUGGCUGCCUGGUGGAUCCGUGGUUGUCUCUCGUCGUAGGCACAAAUUGUUUCCUUCCUGCUUUCUGUGGCUACUUUGGACGCUACCUGCUCGCUUAUCGGGUUACUCCCACGGGACCGCUGCAGCUUGACAACUUGCCGCAAGGGUCGGUUCUUGCGCCGCUGGCAGUAGUUUCCAUGAUUGCAGCGUGCUUCUGUGGAGCAGUAUGGCUGUGGGGAUGGGCUGCCAGCUCCAAAGCAAAACCACUGCCAAUUCACGUGGUAUACUUGGCUAGUUCUUACAAAGAAGAAUAUGCCUCUUGGGAAACGGAGCGCCUUGUAAGGAAGAUGUCGCUGUCACUGGUGCGCACGGUGUUUCCAGUGACUCUGGUUCCUGGCCUUCAGCUCGGGAGUAUUGCCAUCAUUUUGGCCGUAUCAAGCUUUCUGUACGCCACCAUGCAGCCUUACAAGGAGCCUGCCUUUAACUUGCUUGAGAGCGGGCUCCUCUUGUCUGCGCUCAUCAUGACCAUGCUCUCGGAUUGCGUUGUUUCGGAGGAUGACAACGUCUGGGCAAGCAAUGAAGCAACUCAGAUGUGCAUGCUUUCCAUGGUUGUAGCUCUGGCCACGAUGGGAACGGCAAUCAUGAUAGCCCUGGUCGCGCGCAGCAUGUAUCGCGAGCAGACGCAGAAGGAGGAAGAUGCGACUUGA